UUCGAAAUCUAACGUUGCAAUUACAGGCUUCCCGCCAGUUCUGUUGAAUUUCUUUCGUUUCAUUAAUAAGUUUUCUACUGAUGUCUGUACAGUCUGGCAAGUCAGCAUCUGUAGACUUCUGGUGUUGGGACGAAGUAGUUCGCAAGACUAAAUCUACAGUUCUUGUUCUUGAGUCUCUGAGAUCAGAACAACAGCAGAUAUCUGCUGAUUUAGAUUUAAUAGCGAAUUCGAAAGACGCCGAUCAGCACGAUAUUUUAUAUGCCAAGGAAAAAGCAUCUUCUUUGGAUUCAAUCAUUCAAAAAAUUUGUAAAGGUUUGGAUGAUGCCAACGUUGUAAUAUUAUUUUGUGACUACCUUCAAAAAGUAGAAGCAGAAAAACAAAAGUUACGGUAUCAGAGUCGUCGGCUUUUUCAGGAGAACUCUUGGUUGAGAGAUGAACUUGCGGUUGCCCAAGAAGCACAUAGGAAAAGUGAACUAAAGAUAGUUCAACUUGAAGAAGAAGUAAAGCAUCUUCAAUUUAGCAGUGAAUUGCGAAAAUAUGACUCUUCUGAACCCGUGGAAUCCUCGGGACUAACCGAUGGCGAGAAGAACAAUGAUAAAACUGCCCUUGAUCUUGGGUUUCCUCCUGAUGAUAAAGAAGAAGGAGAUCAGUAUGGUAAGAUGAUUUUGUGAUAAAUUGUGUUUACUCAAUGUCAUAUAUCCGGAUAUAUAAAGUUGAUUCUAAUGGGAUAACCACGUGGAAACAAGGACGAAAUUUCAAGGAAUUGUUUAGAAUGCUGCUUUGUUAUGAGUGGGGUCUUAACUGUGUAUACUCCUCAACGGUGGAGAAUUUUUGUUGUGCAGGAUGAGGAUUUAAAAAGAUAAUCAAAGGUUCUCGAUUGAACCAUCCAACUCAGAGAACGGAGUUUUAUUCAACAUUGUCAUGAAGUUAGAUGUUGAAUACAGCUGGUUUAAAUGAAAAACGGUUGGUUUUGGACAAUGUAAUAAAUUUUUUCGACUUAGUGUUUACGGUACACCUAAUGAGUACCGAGUAACACUAUAACAUCGAUAGCUUGCCUGGACUUUUUUUAUCGCUUACUCUUAUUGCAGUUGUGGUUUCGUCAUGACAAUUUUGUGUCUAAAGUUCAUAAUAUCAUUCAUGGUCAGCUUAGUGUCACAUUCUGUAGCCUCCUGUGCGAAUUUUCUCAAAUUGAGGGAUAGAACAUUCUCAGCUCGAACCCUUAUGUUUGAAUUAGACAAGAAUCUUCACUAGAUGUAAACUACCUAUACUAUAUCAUACAGUAGUCAAAAUUCAUUGCUUAGAGGUUCUUUCACAUUCAAACCGUGUAACAUAUACACUUAUGACCUACUAUUUACAUUUUAUUCAUUGGUUUUACUUUCACUGACCAUGUGGUAACAUAAACCAUGAAGUAUAAUUACCGUUUGAUAUGCACUGGGACAUAGUUAAUGAAACUUCGAUGGAAAGUCAAGUAGGCAAUGCACUACACACUUCCCACUUGUUGUCUAAUCUAUUGUUAACAUAAGGUAAUAUAUAGGAAACAUUUUAAAAUUAAUGGUUGGGAAAUACAUAUAUGAAGUUAUAAUAUCGUCCUUCAAAAUGACCACUUUUCUGUCUAACGUGGCUGUAUCAUUUGGUGGCUUUAAAAUGACUCGGGGUAUGAGAUCAAUCCCUUGAGAUAUAUGAGUGAGUUAGUGAUCUCAGGAGUUUUACAUUGUAAAUUUAUAACUCAUCCCACUAAUACAUCACAGUUUUGACUCCUAGUUUUCCGACGACAAUUUAGGUAACUAUAUCCUCAAUUCAUACACAACGGUCUUAGCUCAUAACCUUGGAUACGAGCAUGCAUUUGAUCAGUUGACAACUCAUGUUUGUGUUAUGCUUAUCGAGCCCAAUUUUGGUAGUCCUGCAAACUGGUUUUUAUAUUUUGGCACCAAAGUUUCAUUUUAUUCCAAAGCCAAUGUGUAGAUUAAAUUCUUAUAAUAUAGAAGUAAUUGGAAACCACCUUGUUAUGGACCGAAAAUUAUUGAGUAUCUGCUGCAUGACUGAAGGAGAAUUUUUCCAGUCUCUUUAAAAUUGCUGUCAUUCAUAAUAUUCAUGUUGAUCGUAUCUUUUGAAGUGUAUAAUCCCUCAUGAAUGAUCUGAUCCUUUUGCUGCAUGUUUAAUUAAAUAUAAGGUUCAGCAAAUUUUUAACCCAAAACAGUGAUAAAAGACGAUCGUGUGUAUGCUUAUUGUUGCUUUAUUCUCUUUCCAAUAAAUUAUUGUCUUGUGGUUUCUUAACUUAGGAAUGACACAGAGUCAAACCGUCUCCAUGUCACAGGGUGUUCAUAAUUAUGAAAUACCAACGCGUUUGCGAACACUUCAUAAUUUGGUAAUACAGUAUGCUAGUGAAGGUCGUUAUGAAGUAGCGGUCCCACUGUGCAAACAGGCUUUAGAGGAUCUCGAAAGGAACAGUGGACGCAAUCACCCUGAUGUUGCGACAAUGCUGAAUAUUUUAGCGCUUGUAUAUCGUGAUCAAGGAAAAUACAGAGAAGCUGCAACAUUAUUGAAUGAUGCCCUAACGAUUCGAGAAAAGACGUUGGGACCUGAACAUCCUGCUGUGGCUGCGACUUUAAACAACUUGGCUGUGCUUUAUGGUAAACGUGGAAAAUAUAAAGAGGCGGAACCAUUGUGUAAAAGGGCUUUGCUAAUUAGGGAGAAUGUUUUGGGGCAGGAUCAUCCGGAUGUUGCUAAACAGUUAAAUAAUUUGGCUUUAUUGUGUCAAAACCAAGGGAAGUAUGAAGAGGUGGAGUUGUACUAUCAACGAGCUUUGGAAAUUUAUAUACACGAUCUCGGAUCAGACGAUCCAAAUGUAGCUAAAACUAAAAAUAAUUUAGCUUCGGCCUAUCUUAAACAAGGUAAAUAUGCUGAAGCUGAAAAAUUAUAUAAAGAGGUACUUACACGAGCUCAUGAAAAAGAAUUCGGAAAAAUUUCUGAUACAAACAAACCUAUUUGGAUGCUUGCAGAAGAACGUCAGUCCGGUCAGUUAACCAAUGCAAAUAAAGAUAUUAGUGAAACUGUUCAAUCAAUGUGGUCACGCAUUUCUCGUUCAGAAAAUCCAACUGUCGGUACAACUCUUCGAAAUUUGGUUGCCCUUUAUCGUAGACAAGGUAAAUUCGAUGCGGCUGAUAUAAUUGAUGAGUGUGCUUCAUACUCUAAGACGUCAUCAUCUGUUUCUGAACCUGACUAUGAACAGCUGGAACAUAAGCCACGAUUUCCAAUCAAUGAUCAAUAUCCUAGGCGAGGUUAUCCACGCCAUCCAUAUCAGCGUGUUGAAGAUAGAUCUAUGAUCACUUCUUCACGUAGUCUACUUGGCCCUCCGAAUGGUCACCCUAUCAAUAGACGAUCAUUUCCUCCUAGUCGUGGGUUUUUCAGCAUCAAAAAGGCCCAAUCAAUGUCAACCCUUCCAGGAAGCUCUAAUAAUAAGAUGUUUUAUAUGCAGCAGGAAAGGCUUAGACAACUGCGUAGUGGUUCAACUAAUCCAAAAGAAAUUUAUACCCAAGAUGGUCAUACUAAUAACAGUAAUAAUUAUUUUCCCCUUGAUGGCUAUGGUACACGAUCCCAAUAUAUGUUUGACUUCAAUCCAUCUUUAAACAACAGUUUGAAUCAUUAAUUCCUUCUUCUUUUGCGUUUAUGGUCUAUUUAAAAUUAUGAAAUUAGCAAUUACACUUGUGUUUUAAAAUAUCCUCUUUCGUUAUUUUUUACUUGUUUGUUUAUUCUCACCUCUGAUCCAUAGUAAAAGUUAUUACUUUCUCUCUAUGUUUACCUACUUAUGUGUGUAAAGUGUGAUUAGGUGAGUAAUUGUGUUAGUAGGAUUGAAAUAUCAUUUCUUUGUUUUUAUUUAUAUGAAAAUUUAUUUGUCUUUUCCAUCCUGUUGCCAUUGUUUGUUGUCAUCAUCAAUAGGAUAACCGGUCGCGAUUAUUAUACUGUGAGCUCUGAACAUUAACGUAUAUCAUUACUUAAUUUUUGGCUGUGAUGAAUAAAUUGUGCAGAUCUAUAUGUGAACUUUGUUCAGUUUUAUUCGAAAAAAAACGUUGCACAUAUGUUAUUAAAAGAAAACUCAUGUGUGUGUGCAUUCGUGCAUGUGUGUGUUACUUCACGAUUUCCCUUGUUUUGUUUUAUGUUGCUGAAUUAAGUUCCUUUUUUAAGGAGCUGUAUAUCUCGAGUGUCAUAAUUCAUUUUUCAAAGAAAAAGAUGUAAUGAAACACUUAUUCAGCUAUAAUUUAUAAAGGCAAAUAUUUGUGUCUUUAUUCGCUAUAACUGAUACAUCUUUGCAAAACAGUAUAAAUCAAUACGUUCUCUUCUCUAUAGUCUCUUAUAUCUUGAUUAUUUUGUUUUAUCAUUGUUCAUUUUUGUGAAUGCAAUAAAAACGUGCGCCUAAAUUUUUGUUCAGCUGUUUUCUCCAUGUCAAAUUGACUACAUUCCUGUUUCUCUCUCUGUGUCAAUCUCUAUACAUCUCUCAUUCAAACCGUAUCGUUGGUGCUUAUCUUUGUGCACAUCUCAAACGUGAGAUAAGGAUAUAUGAUUAUAUUUUUGUUUCGUGUUCUUUCAUAUUAAAAUACAAUUAUGCAUUUCUU